GAGAGAGAGAGAGAGAGAGUCGUGCACAACUUGUGGAGCAGCUGAGCCGCGUUCAGGGCUCCAACGUCAGCAAGCUUUGGUCUUGAAGCGGCUGCAGCGUCACAUCGCAGAGCUUCUCUCCCCCCGCAUGUGUGUCGUUUGUGGGUGAAAGGAUGAGUGGAUGGAGGACAGACCCUGAGCCACAGGUAUUCAUUCAGGAUCAGUUCAUGAGCGGAAUGUAGAUUUCUUGCAUGAGACUCGUUUAUGCACGACAUUUCUCACGCUUUACGCCUUUAAACUGUCCUCGUUCAUAUCUGCUCGUAUUUUGCAAACAUCUCGUCACAUUUCACCAUAAACAGCUCAGGUGGUAACCUUGAGCCUGUGCCACGCUGGAGACAACAGGUUCAUUACGCACGACUCCCUCUGUGCACGCGCAGUCUCCACAUUCCUGAUGUCGUCUCCUCAAAUCGAGAUGAUUUCGUGCAUGUUUGAUGUCAAAUAUCUGGAUCGGAUUCAUUAGGAGCAUAUGUGAGCGUGCGUGUGUGUGCUUUUACCCCCCCCCCCUUCCUCAGUGAGAGAGCGUGCACACACACACACGUCAGCUCGGGGAGGGCAAAGCCUGCUUAAGAUGCAGCGAAUGUGACAGCAGAGUCCAGACUACAGCGGCGCGUGGACAGGAAAGGUGAGCGUGGUGGCGGCGGCGGUGGGGGGGGGAAGAGGGCACACACAAUGCCAGCGGAACCAGCUCACCCGCAGACGUGACGCUGACACACCGAGCAGACAAAGACGAGGAAGACGCUCAGCUGGUUCCCAAAAUACGCGCGGAGGAGUCGGAGGGGGGACCGAGAGGACCGAGGAGCGGGAAGAGACGCCCUUGUCUGUGGAGGGGGUGGGGGAGAAACAUGACAGUGGUUCCCGGAGAGAACCUGGAUGAGACUGUGGCACUGGCCGCGCUGUCCGCGCAGGAUGUGUACGACCCGGAGCGAGCCGAGAACCAGGACUGCUGCGAGCGGGUGGUGGUCAACAUCUCCGGGCUGCGCUUCGAGACGCAGCUGAAGACGCUCGCCCAGUUCCCCUCCACGCUGCUGGGGGACCCGCGCAAGAGGAUGCGCUUCUUCGACCCGCUGAGGAACGAGUACUUCUUCGACCGGAACAGACCCAGCUUCGACGCCAUCCUCUACUACUACCAGUCCGGGGGCAGGCUCCGGAGACCCGUCAACGUGCCCGUGGACAUCUUCAUGGAGGAGAUUACAUUUUACGAGCUCGGGGAGGAGGUGAUCGAGAAUUUUAAGGAGGACGAGGGGUUCAUUAAGGAGGAGGAGCGCCCGCUGCCCGAGAACGACUUCCAGCGGCAGGUCUGGCUCCUGUUCGAGUACCCCGAGAGCUCCGGACCCGCCAGGGGGAUCGCCAUAGUCUCCGUGUUGGUCAUCCUCAUCUCCAUCGUGAUCUUCUGCUUGGAGACUUUACCUGAGUUCAGAGAGGACGCCCGGACGUUCGACGAGCAGCCGGCGGGGAACGGAACGGCGCGCGCAAAGAAGCCGAACCCGUUCACGGACCCGUUCUUCAUCGUGGAGACGCUCUGCAUCAUCUGGUUCUCUUUUGAGCUGCUGGUCCGGUUCCUAGCGUGCCCGAGCAAGCCCGCGUUCUUCAAGAACAUCAUGAACACCAUCGACAUCGUGGCCAUCAUGCCGUACUUCAUCACGCUGGGGCUGGAGCUCGCGGAGCACCAGGGGAACGGGCAGCAGGCCAUGUCCCUGGCCAUCCUCCGGGUCAUCCGCCUGGUGCGGGUCUUCCGCAUCUUCAAGCUCUCCAGACACUCCAAGGGGCUCCAGAUCCUCGGGCAGACUCUCAAAGCCAGCAUGCGGGAGUUGGGCCUCCUCAUCUUCUUCCUCUUCAUCGGCGUCAUCCUCUUCUCCAGCGCGGUCUACUUUGCGGAGACCGACGACCCGGACUCGGGCUUCAGCAGCAUCCCGGACGCCUUCUGGUGGGCCGUGGUGUCCAUGACCACCGUGGGCUACGGGGACAUGUGUCCCGUGACCAUCGGGGGGAAGAUCGUGGGCUCGCUGUGCGCCAUCGCCGGCGUGCUCACCAUCGCGCUGCCGGUGCCGGUCAUCGUGUCCAACUUCAACUACUUCUACCACCGCGAGACGGAGCACGAGGAGCAGUUCCAGUACACGCACGUGACCUGCGGCCAGCAGCAGCUGCAGUUCGGGGAGUUCGAGCAGAGCGACAGCAACCCGUCUCUGUGCAAGUCCGACUUCUACCCGGGCAGCGAGGACGCGGACUCCAUCAAGCACACCAACUGCAGCCCGCACAAAGCAUACACCGGGAAGCUCACCGACGUCUGACUCUCACCCGCGCGCUGUGACGCACCGGAUGGCGCGUCCAUCAGAAACACCUCGCGCUCCGGGUUGAGCUCCUUAUUUUGCGCCCUCAGAGAGACUCAUCCAAAACCACCAGGUGGAUUAUAAGAGAACCCGCAUCCAUCACAUGAACCGGUCUUCCAUUAAGCGCCAUGAGGAGAACGAUUGUAGCACUUUAUCAUUAUUAUUAUGAUUAAUAUUAUCAUUAAUAAUGUUUCUCUUAGUAAUUUAUUGCCAUAAUAAUGCAGGUUUAAAGUUUACAUUUGCUUUUUUUUCUGUCUAUCUGAAGCAGAGACAACACAGGACCAAUUCAACACACACACACACACACACACACACACACACACACACACACACACUCACACACACACACUCACACACACA